AUACGUCGAGGUCGUCUGCUAUCAUUCGCCAGACAUGAGGAAGAUGUCUUGCCUUCUUGUAUUUCUCCAGCGAACAGCAAACAGAAGAGAGCGUGUUUUCUCCCCGAGACACAAAACGGGCUUGGAGAACCAGUCUCUUGCAAGAAGGAUUUCCCUAAUUCACAGUUUGCUUCAGGAUCCAGUAUAGUUAUUUUUAAUUACUGUAGAUCGGUUCCUUUUCCAGGCUACUUCCGGCUCUCUGAGAUGCAUGGUCUUGCAAAGAUUUAUCGACACGGUAUGCAGGGCUACACGCGUCAUCAAACUCCAGUGACGACCAUAGGCACUUUUCGAUUUGAUUUCCCACUGCCAAGCUUAAAGCAGUCAACGGAACAAAUACACGGAGACAAUGUGGCGUCCGUAAGGAACAGAAGCCAGGCGCACGCGCCUCCCGCUCACGGAGCCAAGGUGUGGAUGCCGGAGUCCACCAACAAAGGAACGUCACCUCCCAAGCCGCCAGAAAACUCGAAACAGUGUAAAGAGAAAGGUAGUGAGGGAAACUCUAAAACAGAGAAUGAUUCUAACUGGCUAACGGCGAAGAGCGACCGGAAGAAACGCUGCCCCUAUACGAAGCACCAAACCCUGGAGCUCGAGAAGGAAUUCCUUUUCAAUAUGUACUUGACUCGCGAGCGUCGCCUAGAGAUCAGCCGGAGCGUACACCUGACCGACAGGCAAGUCAAAAUAUGGUUCCAGAAUCGGCGCAUGAAACUGAAGAAAAUGAGCCGCGAGAAUCGAAUCCGUGAACUGUCACACUGUUGUGGGUUUUCCUCUUGACACGAAUUUUAAAACGAAUGUUGCGCCCUUAUAUUAUUAAAAAACGCUAUUUAUAUUCAUAUUCACGCUCUUUAUAGACAUGCAUCGAGUCGGUAUUUUCCGUGUAAGCUAAUGACGACAUGAAUGUUGCGGUUAGUCACGUUGCUUUGAAUUCUGUAUGAGGGUAGACUUUUCAACUCAUAGUGAAUAUUUCUCAAGGCUAAUUUAUUAGCGUUUCAAACCUGAAUAUGCGGCUUGUUUUGUUGAUAAAAUGCCAGCGCAUUCUUCACUUGAGAGGGAUACUCGAAAACAUGGCGGUUUCGUUGUCUCUAAAUGUGAUGUCGAUUAGUUUUGUUUUAUGCAUGACUUCUCCAUAUGCAAGUGACACUACUCUGAGUGCAUUCAAGCGCGCGUGUGUUUGUGAGGGAGUGAAAGAAAGUAAGAAGGUAUGAGAAUGUGUGUGUGUGUGUGUGUGUGUGUGUGUGUGUGUGUGCGUGUGUGUGUGCGAGUGCACGUGUGUGUGCGUGUGUGUGCGUGUUUGUGUGUGUGCGCGUGUAUUAAUGUAUGUUUAGUAGAUGCUAUAUUGAUGUAGCCUAGUCAUUGUUCCGAUUAGUUUUCUGUGUAACUUACUUAUUUCGCCCAAAUGUUUGUGUAUUUCCCACUGAAUAAAUUAUUAUAUGCACAUUCAUAAACUGUCUUAAUUCAUUUCUGUUUUAUUGUACAGUAGCAUAAAUGAUCAACCUAUUUAGAAAUGUCUAAAAAUGAAAACACGUUAAUUUAGAUGGCAUAACGCAAACGCUUUUUAUGCAUGCGCUGGUAUAAUUUGAUUUGGGGGCGUUGUGGCUUGGAGUAUUUUAACCCUCUAAUCUGGAUUUAUAUCUAUUUAUCGUAUUUUUCCUCUUUCUGUGGUGUUUUAGAUCAUGAGUGUUGCUGGCGUAGUUCUUUGAAAAUCGCUUAGAAACGUUCAGGUGGCGGCGUGUCAUGAGCUAGUAUAGUAUAGCCAGUUUAGUCCGCUUUUGUGACGUUUUAUAGCGCUCUACUGUGUAAGGCUCGUCACUUUGCUGUGAGUCUACCUUCCGUGCAGUUCUAAAACACAGUCUGGGAGAGACGGAUCUUGGUUUAGCACUACAAAUAUUAGGCUAUUCUCGGCUGCAGGAUCUGUACCUUCGAAUUGUAGGAUUUAAAUCUGCGCUGGAGUACACAGGUGAGACGAUAUCUUAGGUUACCUAUUUUAAUGUUGCAUAUUGUUGUCUUGACACUGUAGAGUUCAACUUGCAGCAAUGAUCGGCCUUCUUCAGAGUACUGGAUACGAUACAUAAUAGACUAAAUUAGAACCUGAAUUCUACUUAUUUACCGUUUUGAGUCCUGGUUGUUUUUACUGGCUGCCAUUCUUAUCCG